AUGCACAAAGCAAACCAGGAGUUGGGUACUGGAACAGGAUCAGAGCAACACCAGCACAGGAUGGGCUUCAGGUGCUGUGGGAGGUCUGGGGAGCAGCUAAGUCCGCUAGUUUCAAGUUCUGUGUUAAAACGCUGGUAUUAUACAUUCUUGGGUGAAAUGAGCAAGAAUAGGAAAGUGACAUUUUUGGAGGUGAUACUACACAGAACAGUUCCAGAACUGUUUAUGGUGACUUUCCAGAUCACCCCUCCAUGUCACAGUGAGAGGCAUUAUGAGCAUCUGGGACGGUGCUGUAACAAAUGUGAACCAGGAAAGUACAUGUCUUCUAAAUGCACUACUACCUCUGACAGCAUAUGUCUGCCCUGUGGGCCAGACGAAUACUUGGAUACCUGGAAUGAAGAAGAUAAGUGCUUGCUACACAAAGUUUGUGAUAUAGGCAAGGCCCUGGUGGCCGCGGACGCCGGCAACCGCACCGUCCCUCGGCGCUGCGCCUGCAUGGCCGGGUACCACUGGAGCCAGGACUGCGAGUGCUGUCGCCGCAACCGCGAGUGCGCGCCGGGCCUGGGCGCCCAGCACCCGUUGCAGCUCAACAAGGACACGGUAUGCAAGCCUUGCCCGGUAGGCUUCUUCUCGGAUGACUUUUCCUCCACGGAUAAAUGCAAACCCUGGACCAACUGUACCAUCCUUGGAAAGACAGUAGAACAUCACGGGACAGAUAAAUCAGAUGUGGUCUGUAGUUCUUCUCUGCCAUCUAGAAGAUCACCAAGUGAGCCCCAGAAAUACUUGCCCAGUUUAAUUAUUCUGCUUCUCUUCAUAUCUGUGGCCAUAGUUGCCGCCGUCAUCUUUGGUGUUUACUAUAGGAAACAGGGGAAAGUACUCACAGCUAAUUUGUGGCACUGGAUCAACGAGGCUUGUGGACGCCUAAGUGGAAAUAAGGAGACCCCAGGAGACAGUUGUGUCAGUGCUCACACGCCAGCCUCUAGUCAGCACGAAGUGGGUGAAGGCAUCUUACUGCUGACUCUGGAGGAGAAGUCGUUUCCAGAAGAUAUGUGCUAUCCGGGCGGAAUUGGUGUCUGUGGGGGAGAGUGUGCAAGAGGUGGCCCCUGUGCACAGGGUGAAGAUGCCAGGAUGUUCUCCUUGGUCAGCGAGACUGAGAUGGAAGGAGACCCCUUCAGGCAGAUUCCCAUAGAAGACGAGUACUUGGACAGGCCCUCCCAGACCCCAGACUCUUUACUGCUCCUCACUCAGCCUGGAAGCAAAUCCACACCCCCUUUCUCUGAGCCCCUGGAGGUGGGGGAGAAUGACAGUUUAAGCCACUGCUUCACGGGGACAGAGAGCCUGGCGGAUUCGGAAAGCUGCAACUUAGCUGAGGCCCUGAGCAGGACUGAUUGGAUUCCUGUGUCCUCCGAACAGUAUUUGCAAAGAGAGGUGGAGGGUGGCAAUUGCCCCCACCGGGGAGCCAGCUCCAACUUGGCAGAUGGCUGCACAGGCUGCCAGAGCCCUCCUGGGGAGGGCCAUGAACCUCUCAUGGGUUCCUCGAAACGUGGACCCUUGCCCCAGUGCGCCUAUGGCAUGGGCCUUCCCCCUGAAGAAGAAGCCGGCAGGGCAGAAGGGGCAGACCCCUCUGAGGACGGGGCUGAUGGGAAGCUUCCAGGCGCCACCAGGGGAGGCACCGGGUCUGGAAGCUCCCCCGGUGAUCCGCCACCUGCAUCUGGAAAUGUGACUGGAAACAGCAACUCCACGUUCAUCUCCAGCGGGCAGGUGAUGAACUUCAAGGGCGACGUCAUCGUGGUCUACGUGAGCCAGACAUGUUUUGGGGUUGGAGACUACCGUGCAACCACUGGAUUCUUUUGGCCCAGGACAUUGAAAGGGAAGGAGGACACCAGGGGCUCUGAAGGAACCCCUGGGCCGGUGGCCUUGACAUGGCAGGCUCGUGGUAGAGAGUUGGGGCCCGACAGGCAGACGCUCCUGCGGGCCACCUCUGACUCAGUUCCAGAGAGGAUGGCAGAGCAUGCGAGCGAGGGAAGUCUGGCUUUUAUCCUGGAGCCCAAGCCUCCCCUCGUGGGUAGACAACGGCCGGAACUCCACCCCGCCGCCUGCCUUCCUCUCUCCGGCCAAGGGUACACGAAACUCAAGUUAUCGGGCGUCGAAGCAUCCGUGCUCAAUGAACACGCGUCCUGCUUAAAUCCGCGCUUAUUUGGAUUUAGGAAAUGCUCCAUCAUCCUGUUGACUCGGUGCCUAAAACAAGAGGCGGAUGCCGGGCCGCUGACGCAAAAGGGACGCCCCGGGCGGCCUCGUGCAUGUACUUAA